CGCACCGCUUGUGUGCAACGCAACAACAUCCAACGUUCGCCACCAAGUGGGGAGGUGAAGACUCAAGGAUCGCGGCGGCAAGAGGCCGUCGCGUUGGCAGCUGGACCGUCGCGGCAGCCUCGGCGAGGCUUGCAGCAUCGUCAACUCAGCCAGCAGUGGCAAAGAAUGCCCAGCGCGCCACGGACGUUCGCUGGGUCGAGCCGUGGAGAACGGGGUAAGGUGCGAGGGAUUGCUUUGAACGGAUAUCAUGGGCCCGCACGCGGCUGCGCGACUGUAUCGCACGAAAAGAUGGAGCUUCGAACGCUGGAUAUACCGAACACCGGAAGUAGGUCGUCAAACGUCUCGAAGGAUUCAAGUGGAAGGGUCCAUGCCCCCCGCGGCGGCUCGUUCGCCGCUCUCUGCAGGGAUCCGCGGCAGAUCGCUCGAUGGCGCAGUGGUCGACGAUGCUACGGUGGCGUCAAUGUCGUCGCUGUCGUCGUUGCACGCAUGAAGGUGUUGGCUGGUGUUGGCUACACGAGGGAAACAAGCGUGGUGUGUGGCUCGAUCCGUCAAUGAAAACGAUGUCUUUGCACACAUGCCCUCGGACUUGCAUUAUUGAGGCAGUGCUCGCUUCAACUUUCUGUCGCACCGCUACAUAAUGCGGUGGCGUGUCCGUUGUGAGGUUUGUCGUAGCCGCGGCGGGGUGGGCGUAGUUGCCACCCAUUGUGGCAGGCAGAUGAAGCUGGCGCAGCCAUCGACCACGUGGAAGCCAGUACCAGUGCUGCUUCCGUCCAGCUGUCCCCACAGACACGUCGGUCAGUUCGGGGGCUGUGGAACCGCCCGCCGCACCUUCUUUGGUCCACCUCGGCGGCCGUGGCGAAAUCGGUGUAAAAAAGACACGUCGGUCCAUUUCCAUAUCCAGCGUCAAGUGCACAUCUCAG